AUGCAUUUUAGUGGUAUUGACAUUGAUUCAUACACCUUGUGUAGCUCCAUUACAGCUUCAUCUGCUAUUAAAGAUGUAAACUUUGGGCAAAUGGUUCAUACCCUUGUGUAUAAAUCAGGUUGGAUUUCUAGUGUUUAUGUGGGGUCUGCUUUGGUUGACAUGUAUGUUAAGUCGUUGUGUAUCAAGAAUGCAGCUAUAAUGUUCGAUGAAAUUCCUGUGAAGAACACAGUGUGUGUGAACGCGCUUCUUUCGGGCUAUUCUGAGGCUAAGAUGUGGAUGGAAGGAUUGGCAUUAGUUAGGAACAUGCCGUGCUUGAAUCUAUCUUGGGAUAAUUUCACUUUUUCAGCAGCUUUGCGUGCUUGCGUUGGGCUCUCUGCAUUUGAAUUGGGUAAGCAAGUUCAUGGAUGUGUUAUUCGAAAAGUUCAUGACUUGGAAUCUGAUGUUUUUCUUCAAAGUUUGUUGAUUGAAAUGUAUGGCAAAUGUGGGUCAGUGGAGAAGGCUGGGCAUGUAUUCGACAUGGUCGGCUUUAGAUGUGAAGAAAGAAAGAAGGAUGUUGUUCUUUGGACAUCAAUGCUUGGUGUUUGCGGAAGAAAUGGGAAAUUUGAAGAAGUGAUUAGUUUGUUCAAUGACAUGGUAAUGGAAGGAAUCAAACCAGAUGGAUAA